AUGUCUCCAACGACAUCAUAUGGGCCGAUUGGAGAGUCACCAGCUGAGCUCCUACUGGAGAGGACCUUCAUGCAAGCAGGUUAUCUUACAGGCUUCGGGUACGGCUUCCAGCUAGCACUUUGGAUGGCUUGCAUGCGAAUCCUUUGGCGUCGAGUUCAGAAGGCAACCCCUGGAAAGAAGUCCGCGCUGUAUCUGAUGGUCUACAUCACCAUUCUAUGCAUUAUCGAUACUAUUUGGACUGCAGUAUCAACAUUCGGAUUACAAGCAACUUUUAUCGACAACCGAAACUAUCCUGCCCCUGAUCCUGCUAGUCCGGGGGGUCCUAUCGCCUAUCUACAGGUCGAAUUCUCGCAAUCCUUCAAUAUCGUUGCACAGGUUGUCUUCACACUUGGGAGCCUUAUGACAGAUGCACUCUUGAUUUGGCGAUGUAAAGUAAUUUGGGCUGCAAACCCUGUCAGAAGUGGGUCAACUCUUGUUAUAAUCUUCCCGAUAGUUAUGUUCUUUGCUUCGCUUGCAUUUGGCGUUGUGUUUGGAAUACAAACGGCUUCCCCGGAAGGCUUGUUUAGCCAAAAGACGGCAUCUUUUGCUGUCCCAUUCUUCGCAAUAUCGCUGUCGCUCAAUAUCAUAUUGACAUUAUUGAUUCUCGGAAGAAUUUGGUACUACCAAAAGAGAGUAAACUCGGUCCUAGAGAUCGAGUAUUCCAAGCCGUACUCGCUGUUAUCCAUGAUGUUCGUGGAGUCGGCAGCAUUAAAUUCAAUCAUCUCCAUUCUGCUAUUGGUUACAUUUGCCUUGGGACAUCCUAUUAACCAGAUCUGGCUUGGUCUUACCCCCGCCACACAGAAAAUUGCAAGUUAUCUUAUUAUUUACCGGGUUGCUCAGAACAAAGGCUGGGCAUUCUCUACCACUCGCCAGUCACGACCAGCUGUUUCGAUGGCCUUUGCAGCGACUAGUGAUGAAUUAGAUACACAUACUAGUCGUGGUGUCACGGAUACCGAUAUGUCGCUCCAAAUUCUCACCCUCGACGGAAAGUCAUCAAGAAAUGCCAGCAUUCAACGGGAAUUUUGA